GCUCCGUGACAGAUCCGGCGACACAAGCAUCUCCCACCCCGCGCCACCACGAUGCCCAAGAGAAAGGUUAGCGCGGAUGGAGCGGUGAAGGCGGAGCCCAAGCGCCGCUCCGCGAGGCUGUCCGCCAAGCCCGCCCCUGCCAAGGUGGACGCGAAACCGAAAAAGGCCGCCGGAAAGGAUAAAGCAUCAGACAAAAAAGUGCAGAUAAAAGGAAAGAGGGGUGCAAAGGGCAAACAGGCUGAAGUGGCUGACCAUCAAACUACAGAUCUGCCUGCAGAAAACGGAGAGACGGAAAACCAGAGUCCAGCCUCUGAAGAAGAGAAAGAAGCCAAGUCCGACUAAGCGUCCAUCAUGUCUGUCAGUCUCCCUGCCUCCCUUCUUGUACAAUCCAGAGGAAUAUUUUUAUCAACUAUUUUGUAAAUGCGAGUUUUUUAGUAGCUCUAGAAACAUUUUUAAAAGGUGAGGGAAUCCCACCUCA